AUGCCUCGAGGCCGCAAUUGCAGUGCCUCACCUCCUCGUCAUCGUAGUCGUCGACGCAAGCAUUCAUCAUCUCGUCCUCACUCUCCUCGUCGUUCUGAGUCACGAAAGUCACGUCAAAAUUGGCGUCGAAACCGCGGUAAACAUCGCAAAAUGGGCAAGAAAAAGGACCAGAUUCCCGAUAAUUGGGUCGAUGUGGCUAAAAUGGGUACAAUUAUAGGUACAUCAAGAUUUGUGGCUCUUCGUGUUCCUCUGGACGAUAAAUAUUUGUCUCAACUUGAGACCAAAAAGGACGAAAUUUGGACCCCCACGGACUUUUUAACAUUUCAAAAAGACCAAAACCUUAAUAUUAAGAUGAUUAUCGACUUGACCAAUACUUUCAAAUAUUACAAUGGGAAGGAUGAAUUCAAAAAUUCAGAAGUGAAAUAUGUGAAACUUGCAAUCGAGGGGUUUCGAGGACCUCCCGAAGCGCAAGAUGUGGCGAAAUUUAUGAAAAUUGUUGAUGAAUUUAUUGCCAAAGAACCUGAAGGAACUAUUGCAGUGCAUUGUACUCAUGGACUUAAUCGAACAGGAUAUCUCGUUGUUACGUAUAUGGUAAAGCGGUUACAUUGCUCAGUGACGGAAGCCUUAGAAGCUUUCAAGAUAGCUCGGCCACCGGGACUGAUUAAGCACAUGUAUAUUGAAGAUUUGUACAAGCAAUUAGGAGAAAACGAAGAGGUACGACUACCGGUGCUUCCAAAAUGGGCAAGUGCGAAAUACAGCAGGAAAGCAGUGGGGAAGAAAAAGCGAGGGUAG